AUGGCGGAUCCAUCGAAUCAACAGCUUUCCAAGGCGCGCGACGCGUCGACCGAGCCCCCAUCUUCCAUCUCCAAGCUUGUUCCAGUUCCUGGCAAUGACAUACAAAAGCCGCAGCCCGAUCAAGCCAAUGACCAACCUUUUGGCGACGGUCGCGAUGCUUGGACAACUCCAGGACCGAGAGCAUUGGGAGACGCCUUCAUCAGCAAUGGCUCUCCCCCUUCUACCGGCAUACAACUCUUGGAUUUGCCUGUAGAAAUUCUGGGACUGAUCAUCGCCGAAGUGAUCAAUGUGUCCCCAAUCUCGUUGGGAUGGUUCGGCUAUUCCAUCUUGCCGCGCACCAUAAAGCCCAGCUUCGCCCUGGCACCUCAUGAGAACGUUGUUGAUGGCGACAGAUUUAUGCCAUGGUAUACAAAUCUCGAACAAGGAUCUGGGGGGUUACCUGCCAAUGGGCUAGCCGUUCUUCGCGCUUGCAACAAGCUAUAUGAGCUCGGUCUUCGCGCCCUCUAUGGUAUGCACGAGUUUACCACUUAUUCGGCUGAAGCAUUCCGGUGUUUGUUCACCAAACACAUUGGCCCAACAAAACUAGGCUUCAUUCAGAAGCUGACGCUGGGCCUGCCUCACGCAGUCAAGACGAAACCUUCAAUGUAUCUUGGCCGAUAUAUGAGAAUGGUAGAGAACAUGACAGGUCUGCAGAAGUUAACAGUCACAACCACUACGCGCGGCUUGCCUCGAACCCACGUGCCUUGCAGCCAUUGGGUGGAAGUCAAUAGAGGCCUCCUUCACCUCGCGAGCUGGACCACAUUGAGAUCACCAAGACUCAAAUAUGCUGUUUGGGAAGAAUCCGGCACGGUACUCAAUAAUAGGAUUGAACAGCGCUGGUCUGAUGGCCGACUUAGCGUUGUCAUCGGCACCAAACGCCCGCGGAACCUCAGACAGAUGGCCAAUCCCUUAGCAGCGAUGGAACGAAACUCGCGCCUCUGGGAUGAACGAGCCGCCCUUCGGGAAACGCUCCACGCGAAUUAUCUCGCUAUCUGGAACUACGAGGAACAAAUGGUCGACUAUCUUGCUUGUCAGGUUCAUCUCGAACUCCUCAGCAUCACCCCGUUCGUUAUUGUGGAAGAUGAGUGGGACGACUACGAUGAUAUGAUUGAGGAGAUGCAGCUGCCAUCCCUGCCAAUAUAUCCCCAGCUUCUUCAGAUCACGGCUGCGGAACUAGACAUUUUCCACCGUGAGCCCGAGACGAUCGAGUCUCCUUCUGGUCUGCUCCUGAACAGCUGGAAGAUCCGACGGGUGGGCUUCGAGAAACUUGGACAGGAGGAACAUUGCCGGCCCUACGAGUACCAGCUGCCGCCAUCUGCUUCGGGUUCUGAAUCGGUCACACCAGCCCUUGAAACGAUGAGCGGCAACGUGCUUGCGGAGGAGCUAUAUCUCCACAACAAGAACGAGUUCAGUAACAUGGCCAACGUUCCAGAAACAUUCUCGGUCGAACGUCUUUUCGAUCUCGCUGGCAAUAAACAGCAGAGAAAUGUCAAAACCGAACUGUACAACAAGGACGGUCCGCCAAUUGUGCCAUAUGUGGAGGAGGAGCAACUUGAAGAGGAAGAUUUCUACCUGACGGAUAUGUUCGAGCUUGUAUGGCCUUUCACUGAAGCAGCGGAUCCGGCGGGGGCUCCUGACCUGGCCGAUGACCAGCCUUCUAGACCUGCAUUAUCGACACGGCAUGAGGUCGAGGAGCAAGCUUCCACAGCGAGGCUUCCAGACGUCACCAUCAACGAUUUGCACCCACGUUUUCGCCUUUGGGUGACCCCGGACAAUGCUAAACAAGACGCCAUUCGCAGCAAUAACCAUCGCCAGCAAGCAUUUCCGGAGCUGCAUGAAUACGAUUCGGACUGGGAGAGCCAGGCGAGCGAUGAAUGGGACGAGGACAGGGAAUUUAAUACGCGGCAGCCUCAGUUCGACCCCUUUCAGUAA